AGCCUCCCUUGCAGCCGUUUGAGCUUAUUGUGCGGUGUUGGUCAAUUUUGCCUCGUCGAGCGUGGCGCCCCCUGCUGCAGCCAGCGAUGGUGACGGCCCGCGCUCGCCGGUGGCUGGCCGCCUCCACCGCGCUGGCCGCCCUCGCGGCCUGCGCGCGGGCAGGCGCCGGGUUCGCCGCCGUGCGCCGGGGGCCUGCCUCCGCGCGCGGAGCUCGCCACGAGGCAGCUCUGCUGGCCGGGGCCGGCGCUGGCCAGGCGCCUCCUGCGGCCGCGGGCCGCACCGGCGCGGCACCCGCGGCCUGGCUGGGCGGGGUGGCCGCCGCGGCCGCGCUGGCGGGCGCGGCCGCGGCGCGGGCGAGGAGGAGCCGGGCAGCCUGCCGGGCAGGUGACUUCUCGGGCAAGGUGGCGUUCCUCUUCCCUGGCCAGGGCGCGCAGACCGUGGGCAUGGCCAAGGAGCUGACCGACGAGGUGCCAGCUGCAAAGGCGCUGUUUGAGACGGCGACCGGCAUCCUCGGGUACGACCUCCUGGAGCGGUGCGUCGACGGCCCGAAGGAGGUGCUCGACACCACCACCGUCUCGCAGCCGGCCAUUUUUGUGGCGUCCAUGGCCGCCGUGGAAAAGCUGAAGGCCCAGGAGGGCGACGGCAUUGUCGACUCGGCGACGGUCGCCAUGGGCCUUUCGCUUGGCGAGUACAGCGCGCUCUGCUUCGCCGGCGCCCUGAGCUUCGAGGACGGCGUCCGGGUCACAAAGGC